AUUUUACCCUUCUGAAUAAUUUUUUUCCCAUACAGAUAACCAGUGAUUGAUCCCUCGCAAUAUACUUAAAGAAAGUGCAUAUGUACGUUAAAAAUUGAUACACUCAAAUAUCAUGCAUGGAAUUUGCACCAAUUACCUGCUUAUUGAUUCAUAUAACAUUAACCAUCCCAUCCUAAUUAAUUACACGAUUGGUUUUUUUAUAAGCAACCUAAUUCCAUGUUCACACAGUUCAACUUAGUCGAUCAAUUCAGUAAGAUACUGAUUACAUCUUGAUUGAAUCCGGAACAACUUCAUUAACACUGAGAGCUAGGAUCACAGAAAGAUCUAAUGGCCAAGGAAAAGACACUUAAUUAGAGAAAAUCUGCUCCAAGUAGAAACGUAGCAUUUCCUGGUUUAAAAGCUACCGAGUCCAUCAAUUUCAUAGCAUUCUUUUAUACAAAUAUAAGUGUACUGUUGUAAGAAGAUUACAAUUAUAACUAGGUUAAAUAUAAACCGUGUUGAGUAUUUUAUAGUAAUAACUCUAGAAUAGACAUGAAGAAAGCCAAAUUAGAAUACCCAAAAACAAGCAAAUCUAAUAAUCUAUAUUCUAUUUCUUUUCUCUCUUCCACCAUUUCACAGUUUCAUUUCCUUCACCAAAAUCAGAAACCCAUAUCAAAAUUCAAAACCUUCUCCAUUCUCUCACUUAUUUCCCAACAACAUGGCUUCUCCCUCUCCCUCUCCUUCCCCACAACAACAACAACUACAAGUUCUCCCCGUCUCAAACCCUCAAACCACCGAACCGCCACCGCAACCGCCGCAAUCCGCAUUCCGCUUCCUCCUAUCAUUUGCCACCGAUAACCUCCGCCACAAGCUCUCCAACCGCCGCCCUUGGCCGGAACUCCUCGACCACACCGCCAUGUCGAAGCCUCUGUCAUUCUCCGAAGCCACCCUCCGCAUCCGCCACAACAUCUCCUACUUUCGCAUCAACUAUUACAUCGUUGUGUCCCUCAUCCUCGCCGUGUCCCUCCUCACCAGCCCCUUCUCCCUCGUCCUCCUCCUCGGCCUCCUCGCCUCGUGGCUCUUCCUCUACCUCCUCCGCCCCGCCGACCGCCCCCUCCAGCUUCUCGGCCGCACCUUCUCCGACUUUGAGACGCUCUCCCUCCUCCUCGCCACCACCUUCGUCCUUUUGUUCCUCACCUCCCUCGGCUCCCUCCUCGUCACCGCCUUCAGCGUCUCCGUCGCCCUCGUCGCCGCCCACGCUGCCCUCAGGGUCCCCGAGGAUCUCUUCCUCGACGAGGGCGGCACGAACCAGCCCGCCGGGUUCCUGUCCAUCCUCCGCGCUGCUGUCGCCGUUCCUCCCUCGCCCGCGCCACCCGCCCCCGGCGUCCGCGGCUGAUUCAACAUUCCCUUGUCUCAUCAAGGUUUCCGCCACCGUAAUUUGGACGGUAACAUCAAUGUUUUUUUUUUAGUGUCUGUGAUUACAAUUAUUAGGACCAUAUUGCAGGCUGCAUUUGCCCACAAUUUAUUGGAUAUGAACAAAAGUGACCCAUAUUUAAAACCUUGUGUCUCAUAAAAUAUUUUUUUUAUUAUUAUUAUUUAAGGUUUUCCUUUGUUAAUCUGCAUGAUUGACAAGUUGUUUUAUACGUUGGCGCAUGUUAGGAAUUUGUAUACGUUUUGUUCUAUAUUAUGGAGGGAAAUUCU